AUGGCACCUUCAAAUCCUCACAAUCAAGCCUCUUCAGCGGCUUCUUUCAACUCAAAUGCCUCAUCUUCUCUCUUCUCGUCAAAUACCUCUCGUUCAACUGUCCCGUCAUCUCUCCCAAGUUCUUCUUCUUCUCAAUCAAAACCCCUACAAACAACUGUAGAGCCUCCCCCUCGAGGCGGCAACAUUAUGCGAAUUGCAGAAGAGAACCAAUAUGACGCAGCUCCGACUAAUAGCCAAAAUUUACUUGGCCCUUCAAGUAGUAGUAGUAAUAUUAAUGUGGAUAGUAUUAGUAGUACUAGUAGUACUAGUACUACUAGUAGUACUAAUCCUACUACUAAUACUAAACUACCAUCUCAAAAUACAACCCACCAUUUUUUAAAUACUCCAUCCCCAACAUCAUCAGCAUUCUCUUCUUCGGUUCCAGGUCUUUUCCCCGAGUUCCAAGCAUCUUCUUCCCUCCAUUCCACAAGUUCAGAUAACUCUACUUUUCCAUCUUUUCCUAAUCAAGCACAAGCACAAGCACAACCAGAACAACUUCAACAGCCUUUACAACAGCCUUUACAACAGCCUUUACAACAACCUCUGCAACAACCUCUGCAACAACCUCUGCAACAACCUCCGCAACAGCCUCCACUACAGCCUCCACAACAACCUCUAAACCAAGGGCAAAUUUCUCCUGCUCUCCCAUUAGUCAAUCUGCUAGAGCGUCUUGCUGAAAACCUGACUUUUCAUAAAUAUCAACUCUAUUCUGCCCAAGGUGCAAACGUCUUCGUCUAUGUGCAAACAAUUCACACACUCAUGGGUGCUGUUCUUUCCGCUCCAGCACUUGAAACAGUCCAUCCUGGCUCUGUUUCUAUGUUUAAUCCCCCAGCUAUCUCCGUCAUCUUUUCUUCAAUUCUCCAUUUUGUCGACUUUUACCUUGGCGCUCAUGUUUUUCAAAUCCGCCGUAUUGAGCUUCUUUCUCAACUCUACUCACUCGGCGUUAAACUCCACCUAGUAGACCCUUCAGAUUCCAACUUACAGCAACAACAUCCACAAUACAAACUUUACGGUUCACCUAAACCUUCCCCCCAACUACGUAUUUUUGCAAUAGGUCAGCUCAUAAACGACCCUCAUGCAAAAAAUUAUGUGGCUCUCAUGGAAAGAACAUUAGAACUCUUGACAACAUACCCUUCCACAGACAUGCUAGAUCAAGAAGGUGCUUUUAUUGCUCCUGUUCUUAGAGGCUUUUCUCCAACCUUUUCUUGCCCAGUUUAUUACUUUGGAUUCCCAAAGUUUCCCCCCGAUAUCAUUAACGCUCUCCUUGAAUUAAGUUUGGGGUCGCGCGAAGUGGGAAUUUUCCACAAAAUUAACCGCAUCUGUUCGGCAGUAAGCAGCACGGCUGAGCCAGGUGCUGCUUCUGUUGCCGUAAAUCCUCCCAUGCAAUUUAACCAUCAUCCAACAAACGACUUUAAUGGAUUUAUUGCACCUUUCCGAGUUCCAAGCGACCCAAAGGCCCCUCCAAUCUCGCUUUCUCUUUCAAAUAUUUCCCAAUCAAAUGUCUCGGGUACUCUUGGAGGUUAUAUUUUCCCCAUUGUCGACGCAUCCACCGAUAAACGUCUUGCAGCUUAUGCCAAAUCAACGUACGCUAUGACCUGUGGUCAUGUGUGUCUCAAGAAGAAUACCGAUCCCAAUGCUCCGAAACCCAAGGUUGUAGUCCCUUCAGUUUUCAUGGUCAACUAUUUUCAAGCUGGAUUAUUAGACCAACGAUCCUCACUUCCUCAAGGGUCUAUUGAAUGGGCCGCAUAUUCAAAGGCAAUUGAAGAGGUUCAAGAAAAAUUCAAUUAUGCAUCCAACUUAAAAGGAAAAGGCAAAGGCAAAGAAGAAAAACCUUUAAAUGAUCCUUCAUUUGGACAAGUGGCUUGGGGAGAACGUACAGUUAGCAACAGAAUGCUCUCAGACAUUGCAAUCAUCCGAUGCAACGACGACCUCAAGUGUCGCAACUAUCUGGGUGACGAUGUCAAUUUUACCCAAUAUGACCCAGCCCUACGCUUUGGAAACCUUCACGUCAAGUCUGUGCUUCAAGAACCGUUUGCCGCAGGAUUACAAGUUUUCAAGUACGGCUCCACCACCCACUACACAACAGGUACAUUGAAUGGUCCGCGCAUGGUGUACUGGUCUGAAGGGACACACAAAACAAAUGAGUUUGUGGUGCAUUCUCAAGGCCCGUUUGCAAGUGGCGGAGACUCAGGUGCUUGGAUUUUGACCAAGACACCAGUUCCUAUAAAUAACACAGCGACAGUGCCUGGGGCAGGGCCUCCGACACCUAGUCUUGCUGUUGUUGGAAUGCUGCAUUCGUAUGAUGGUGAACGACAAGAAUUGGGAUUAUACACACCAAUGCCUCGCAUUCUUAACCGACUACACGAAGUGACUAAAGUCAAAUGGGGAAUUGUGGGGAUCCCAACAAAGGAUGGAACCGAUUCAGCAUAUAGCGAUAGUAGCGAUGACGAUUUAAGCUUUAAUAACCGGGCUCGCGUGUGA